GAGAAUACGGUUUUAUAAUUCUUUCAAUGUUUUUUGUUUUAUUCGACUUUCUUGUACCACCAAACGGUACGAAAAAGUCGAAUAAAAAGGUGUCCCAUCUUACCCCAUCCUACUUUAUUGGAAGUUGAAAUUGAGAUUGAAUUGUGCAGGCAUUAGGCAUUUCUACCUUUAUACCAUCAUGGCGUUGCAUUACGCAAUACAAAACAAAUUACUUCACGAAGUUAGAAAGGCAGUUGAAAGCGGAUGUGACGUCAAUGAGCGGGAUGAGAUGAAACGAACACCUCUUACCAUUUGUUGUUUGGAAGACGACGAAACAUGGGCGAUUGGGGUUGCGCGUAUGCUGCUACAGGCAAACGCAAAAGUUGGCACUGUUGACAAAGACGGUAAAAGCCCCUUAACGUUCAGUGUUUUAUUCAAGCGGGUGGAUAUCUGCGAACUGUUCCUUAAAGCUGUCGACUUCGACCUGAACCAGGCCGACGCCCUCGGAAACACGCCCUUACAUUACGCUGCUUUGGUUGGCAACCUCAGCAUCUGCUCAUCGAUCCUAAACGCCACCUUACGGCACAGCUUAUCCAUCAAUGUUCGCAACAAAAUCGGUCAAACUCCAGCGGGUCUUGCAUUGCUGAAACAUUCUACCGAUUGCUACAAACUGUUUAAGAGAACGCCGAAUGUAGACUUUGUAUCAAAAACUCCUGAUGUGAUUCUCACUCGGCCGUGGAUGCGAGAGCGUCAGUUCGUGGAUGCUCCGGACCUGAUGAGGAAAGAUGCAAUAAUGGACGUCCUGGAGGGCGCGAGGAUCCAUCGAUCGCGAACCAAGUUUUAACAUUCAUCAGUUUAAACGAUCGCCUGAUGUAGAUUUUGUUUCAAAAGUAAGUACAUGGUAUGUCGAUGAU